AUGCGUCUCCUCUGCCUGCUCUUGGCCUGCUACAUCUCGGCCAUUGUGGCACACAGGCCCAGCUACCGCUCCGGUCCCGGCGGCUAUGUGGAUGUGGUCGAUGCCCCUGGUGCUGCCGCCUCUGCCGCGAACUUGGACGGUGCCGAUUGGCAUGCCUGGGAGCAGGUCCGACCUCUGCUGGCCAAGCGCUAUGGUCCCCUCGACAAGCUCCAGAUGGGAUCCAACCUCUCAAGAAGAGUCACUAUGGUGGAGCCUAUGGCCAGAAGGCGCUCGCUGCCCAGGUGGGAGCGGGCCUCCUCCACUCUCAUCUGUCAGGGAUCCAUCACGGGGAUCACCUUUCCAUUGCUCUGGCAAUGA